GUAAUUCUUUGAGACCAAGUUGAGCUAUCCUUGGACAAAAAUGCCACUCAACAAAGCCCUUUGGCCGUAGACGACACGGCACACCCGUGCAUGAUGCACGGGCUAAAGCAUGUGCAUCCUGACUGUUAACAAUAACGCGGGCCCCACAAUCAUACCGGUAUCUAACCCUCAAACCCACUUUUCCCACUAAAAUUGCACGGCCGUCACACCUCUCUUUCUCUCUUCCUCCAUUAAUACUCCCUUCAAUUUCUUCCAAUUUCCACCAUUUCUUCCUCCUCAAGGUUAGAUAUAAGCUUCAAUUUCCUCAUUUUCAUCGCCUGAUCUACAGAAAUGUCAGGCCGACGAAGAAACAAGAGGGCCCGUGCACAACCAAAUUCAACCCAUCAAUGGCACGGCCACCCUUCUCCUGAAGAACCCAUAAUUCUUGUAUCUCAUCCAAAUUCCUCUACUAUUUCCCAUAAAAACCAUACUUCAAACUCCGAUCUUGAAAUUGAGUACAAAUUGUCCGGUGCACGGGGGAGCAAGAGGGGCCGUGCACAUCCAACUUCAUCCAAUCAUCAACAUUACCCCUCUUCGGAACCGGAACCGGAACCGGAACCUGAAACGGAUGGUAACCCUUUUAAAUUUAACUUAAAAGAUGCUGAUUUUCCGCUUAUUGAAUUUCGUGAUGAUGAGCAUUAUAAUCGCUUUCAAUGUUUGAAAGUUCGUCGGAUUGUAGCAACAAGGUUUGUUAGUGAUGAAUGUAUUACUGCUUUGGGUAUUAAAUCUGAUUUAGAAUGGUUAUUUGAUCGAGUCGGGUGGACUAGUUUGAUGAUGAACCAAUACCAUACUUAUCAACAACUUACUUUAGAAUUUUUGAGUUCAUUUCAACAAAAUACUGUUAAAGUUCCUAAAGGCCAUGUUCCUGGUGUUUGGUUUAGAAUGUUUAACAGGGAAUACUUUAAAACUUUAGAUGAAUUUGGUGCAUUUUAUGGGUUACCGGAAGGUGGUAAUGCACUGUAUUAUAACAGUGAUCCGAGUUUGGUUUGGGGGCAAAUUACGGGGUUGAAUGGAUAUAAUCCUCAGUCGUCUAAGGCCUCUCGGAUUCAUAACCCUGUGUUUCGAUAUUUGCAGAGGUUAAUGGCAAGUACCAUUUUUGGGAGACAUGAUAGUCAAGGGACUGUUAGGGAGUGGGAAAUGGAAAUGAUACAAAGCAUGUUGUAUCCGGAUGUUCAUUUGAAUACGGCCUCUUUCAUUGCCCGGCAUUUUCAUGCUGUAGGCAAGUCUAAGAAGAAGAGUCCGAUUGUCAUUGGUGGACUCAUUACUCCUAUUGCGGUUUCCUUAGGGUUUGACUUCGAUCAUAUACAACCAGUUGCCCAUAUCGCCACCCUUGAUAUUCCUAAGCUUGUAAGUAUGGGAUGGUUGCAGGAGGAUGGUGAUAGGUAUCGAUGGGUAGUUAAUAAGAAACCCGCAUUCUUUUUGCCUAAUCCUGAGCGUACAACGAUUAGGAACCAGGCUAAUUGGGUAUUUCCAGAAAUCUUUGCAAGUGAUGGAGAGGAUGAGGAGGAUGAGGAAAACUGUGAAAGGGAGUACCAAACUAACCCCUCUCCUGUUUUCGUGCAUGAGGAACAUGUAGGUGGUUCUUCCUCCCAGUCCAUUCCAAAUCAGCCUCGUGACUUUGCUGCCCUGCAAGCUUUUUUGGAGUCUAUUCGUUCUGGAAUUCAAGAAAUUCACACCUCUCAGCAGUACAUGAACCAACGCCUAGACCAGUUUGAUCAAAUGCUUUACCCCAUAUACAGAUGGCAUGUCCAGCAGGGUCAUAUCAACCCCAACACUCUUCCCUACCCUGACCCACACUAUCCACAACCCCAUCUAUAACCACCCGGUCCUCCCAGGAAAUAGCUAUCUCACUCUCUCUGUACUCUGCACUGAGGAUAGUGCUUAUCACAGUAUGUGAGUACUUUGGCAAUUGCUGUGUGGUGUCUUCUAUGGUGCUCUGUCCUUGGUGCACUUCAUUUCUGCAUUAACCUUCAUCAUGGAUGACAAUCUUCGUGUACUUUUGCUUUCAGGCUCUUAGAAAGCUAGAAGAGCUAUAUCGCCUUUAUCGGCCCUCCAGACAGGCUUGAAUGGUGAUGGUAUGAUAAAGCUAUUGAACAUCAAGCACGAACUCAUGGAGAUCCUUGAAUAGCUACUUUGAAAUUUGCUUGGAGAAUUUCAGAAAAUCACACUUUAUUCUAGGGCCUGCAAGAGAGGCACAAGGGCGAUGAUGAGAAUCGAUCAAUGUUAUGCAUUAAAGACUUAAAGUGCUUCUGAAUGUCUCAAAUAAAAACUACUCGUAUAAUACUAGGUACAGUAUAAUGUUAUGAUCCUUUGACGCACCAAGACUUGUCACGAAAAGGCAAAUGAGCUACCUUUUGUAAAUUAUAGCACGGCACAACACGUAUUGAGCGGACCAAACAAUGGGGUGGACGAAGUGUGUAGAAGAAGAAGCAUAAAAUAUUCAUUCAAAAACCAGAACACCAACAUCAACUGAGUCUCAGUGAAAGGAAGCUAAGUGUGUUGUAGAAGAAAGAAGAAAAAAGGCAAAGUUGCUAAAAGGAGAGCCACUGCUUCACAAAUUAGCCGUUUUGGUCAAGUGGGUCGUAUUUCCAUUCCCCAUGGCAGCCGCUGUUGUAUUCUCCCCUCCCAAUUACACCAAACCCAGCAGUUCCAUGGAUGCUUCUUCUUCUGAAUCUUCUCAUUGAGUCAUUUCUUAUGGUAUUACUUUUCAUCUUUCUCUUUUUUUUUUCUUUUAUGAUCAAUUAUUGGGUUCUACUUCUAAUGCUAGAUUUCAGCUUUAUGUUUUUGCCAUUUAUCUUCAGUAUUUGGUUGGACUCUUAGGGUUUGGCUAAUUUAACAUUCUUAGUUUUCUGGGAAAGUAUUGUUUUUGGUUGUUGUUUUAUACUGUAUAGUUUACAUUCAUAGUAUAAAUUAUCAUCUUUGGUGAUAAUGUUUACCCUGCCAAAUGGAAAUUGGUUGCUGUUCUGUUUUGAUUGCUGUAUAAUUUACAUCAGAUUUAUUGUGUUGAUAUAUUAUUAUUAGAGCUUGAAAGUUGAAACUGCAUACAUGUGGAACUGUUCUUGGUGUGUUAUUGUGGAUUGUUAUUGGCUUGAUUUUGGUUUUUUUAUGUCUGUCUUCAAAGUAUGUAUAUUUUGCGCUAUUCUAUGAAAGAACAGUAAGGAAGAGAAGUGUGCUAUGUUCUGUUUUUAUGAAGCCUAUAAGAAUCCUGUUCCGACGAGUCGGAUCAUCAUUGAUAAGCCUAGCACGCAAUAGUACUAGUGUUUUCACUCAUCUUGUUAGUUAAGUUUAGAGAUAGUAAAGGGUGUUUUCCAAACAAUGUAGCUAUCCUAGCAUUUUCUGACUGAGAAAAUCCUCUUGAAAAUGAAAGAAGAAGAAGAAGAUAGUUUAUGCUAGGCCGUCUUUUGUAUCAAUUCUUCUCAGCAUAAAAACUUGGAUUUGCUUGCAAUUAGGUUGUUUAACCGAGCAUUUGAUGGUUUCCUUAGGAUUGAGAUUGGAGAGUGGGAAAUAGCUUACAUUGUCGUUUUACCUAGGGAGAGAUUGCAACCUUGCAUAGUUCUAAUUGACAUUAUUAAGUGAGAAUAUGGCUUCAUAUUGUAAUUUGUGGGUAAAAUCAUACUUUGAACCAUGUUUUUGUUAGUGUGUUGCUGUUUUACUCAUAUUGUGUCAAUUCUUAUUCCUGAAUCUUAUUUGGGGCAUGACUUGAUUCCUUUUUCUUCUUGGUGCGGCAUAUCUUCAUUUCUCGGCGAUUAUUCUGAUGAUACAGCUUUAGGUGUGCAACGUUUUCAUAAGUUUGAUACUUCAUAUGUUUUUUACUGUUAAUGUAUUACAUAUAUCGAACAUGACAUUUUAAUUCUAUGAGUUGAACAACUCUUUGUAUUGACUUUCAAUCUAAGAGAAGUUUGUUAUAGAUAUUGUAUGUGUUCUUAUACCCCGAAACUUUUUUUAUUCCUCUCCAUAGCCCCCCUCCAUGGUUUCUUUGACCAUCAUCAGAUACAGCUUCAAUAAAAGAUUUUAGUUUUCUUCUGAUAAGUACCAGUGUUGAUUAUUUAUUUACGCUUUAUGAGGACUCAUUAACCUUCUAUAAUAAUUAAUGGCAAUGUGGGUCGAUUAGUAGGGGGAUGGAAAGAUGUGAAGAACCCAUUUGAUAAUAUUGGUUAAUUAGGAAUUCUGAACUGAUUAUUCAUUAAUGUUUGGUACGUGAUCUAUCCAUCAGCAGCAGCUGUAGACAUAAUAGCCUAUCAGUAGAUUAUUGAAGGACUUGUUCUGUAAUUGCAUUUGGUUAUUGACAGUGUGAAUGAUUGUCAUUGGUAACAUGUAAUAUCAGUAUGUUUUAGGACCCUUUGGAGUGCAUUUGAUGCUUUUGGAUCUUAUUUGUGGAAUUCAGGUUAAGGAUAUACUUAACAGUUGACAUACUUCUGUGUUUUUGGUGCACUAGGAUCAUUUUUGCCUAACAAUUACAUCAUUGUUUAAUUAGAUAUACGGAGUCAUUUACCUAACAAAUACAUCAUUGUUCCAGGGGGCUGAGCCAAUGUGGUGCUAAAUAUUGAGAAUGUUAGUGAUUUGGUCAUUAAUACUGUUUGGAUGAGCUAGAAUUUGGAGGGAAAGCAGAGUGAGGGAUCUAUUUUUCCUUUGAUACAAUAUAUGAGAAACGGGAAGGAAGAAAAUUGUAGAUUUGUAGGGGUUUAUUCUUCUUGUACUGAACCAAAUUUCUCUACAAUUAGAAUUUGAUAGGAAAAGGAUAGUUCAAUCCUUCCCUCCUGCUUCCCAUUAACUCCUUUUUCUUCAGUAUUAUUCCCUCUCCUCCCCUUCCCUGGCCUCUACAUAUACUAGCCAAACAAUGUUAAGCAGCCGAGUCCUUGGGUAGUACUGUCUCGACGCUAGUAAUAUCUUCCAGCACUUUGUUUAGGGUGAGUAUUUGCUCUCUUAAUUACCCCUUGACCUUCAAGUUUGCCCUUACAGACUUUUGAUUUGUCAUACUACUUUUAUGACCACCUGAUAACAACCAGCUCGUGAUGAAAUAAUGACUGAUGAGGCUCCAGGUAGUUGGUAAAUCAUACAGGUAGUAAUCCUUGUUCUUUUGUUCUUGUGUCAUGACCGCGACAGGGUUCUUCCCUCCAGAUUUGUGUUCUAUGGAGUACUCAGCAACUCCCUUUAUAUAGAUUAAUGUAUAUUGAUUACUAAUUAAAUACUUUAUAGUUAUACCAUGUAAUUAUAAGUUUUUUCUUACUGUGGUAAUACACCAAAAAUUAUUUUUGACACACGUCUAAAAGAGAAGAGUAGAGAAAACUAUGCUCUAGCAAUGGAUGUGCGAAAAUCAAUUUUUAAAGUGCCAAAAUAAUUUCUCGUAAUUCAUAUAUAUAGUGUGUAUUUUUUUUUUUCUUAAUGUAACUUCUUUUUCAUAAUGCAUUACUCUUUUUACUUUUCAUAUUAGU